UGGUUCUGAAAAUUGAACCGAAUUGACCGGUUCAAUCGAAAAUCGGUCACUUGACCAAUUCGGUUCAAACAAAAAAUUAUUGACAAAAAAUCGGUGAAAGAAUCGGUUAAAUUGACGGUUAAUCAGUGAACUAAUUGAACCGUCCGAUUUUUUAAAAGAUUUCCGGUUUUUAAAAUUGUAUAUAAAAAAACAAAAGCCCCCCUUCUCACUUCCCAAACUGCACCGUACCCCUUGCUAAACCCUAUCAGAGACAACGGCUCCAGCCACCAUCACCAGUUGCCACUCGCCCUCUUCUUGCCGUGGAAUUUCUGUUCAGACAUAUCGCACGUCGCUCGCGUCGCCCACCUCACCUUCGCACGUCGCUUAUCUUGUCGCUCGCCUCUUCUGUCACCUCGCCGUUGCUCACCUCAACGUUCUUCGCCGCGAGUGAUAAUGUGUUGCCGUUUGCUUCUUCGUGGUCGUCGACGGGUUAUUCUCUGAAAUCAAGGAGUAGUGCAUACUUGAAAGAAAUGAAUCCAUUUCAUUUUCAGUCUGUACCACCACCUCAUCCUCUUGGACCUCCUCAGUUUCUAAUGUUACCUCCUGAUCCACCAAAUUCAAGUUCAUUUUGGCAAAACCGAAAUGUUUGUGAACGCCUCAGAGAAUUGCAGGACACUCUUAAUCUUGCAAAGGCAAUGCAAAAGGAGCUAGAGAUGUUGAUGAUGAUCAAAGAUGGUAAAGUGUCUUUAGAAGAUGUGAAACAUGGAUCUAAUGAACCUUACCUCCCUGGUUUUCUAGAAUGUUUGCAAGACAGAAGGGUUAAUAUAGAAUCCCAAGAAUCGUUGGCAGUUGAAGCAGCUAAUUAUUUGAUGUCAAAGCUAAGAUCUCAGCUGGAGCCAUUCAGAUAUGUUGCGGAUGAAGCAAGUCCAUGGGAGGAGAAAUCUGCGGCUGCAAGGUUUGCGAAUAAAGUGUACAAGUCCAAAAGAAAUAAGCGCUGGCGGAAGAAGAAAAGGAAGCGUAUUGCAGAAAUGCUGGCAAAGGAGCGGGAGGAAUUUCAUUGCAUUGACCUAGAAGCUGAUGAAUGGAGAGCAAGGGAGAUUUCUAAGGAUGUUGCAAACUGCAAGGUGGAAAAGAUGAAGGAAAUUGCUAAGAUUAAAGCCAAAGAAGAGAAGAGGAAAUUAGAGGCUGAGCUUGAAAUGCUCUUGGUUGUGGAGAAGCUUCAAGAAUUACGCUCCAUAAGGAUUCAAAAGUUGAAAAAACAAGGCCAUUUUCUUCCUAAGGAGGAUGACAAGUUUCUUGACAAAGUUCAGGCUGCAGUGGAAGAAGAGGAGCGUGAAGCUUUGGCUGCAGCGGAAACAGUUGCUGCUAAAGAUGCAAUAGCAACUGCUGAAGAAUCCAGGAAAGCUAGCAAAAAUCAAGGGAUGCUCUCAAAAGAAAGUAGCACUGACACUAAAAUUGAGGAGAACAAAGAGAAAACGGUUGAUAAGGUGCCUGAAGAGGGAUCUGAUGCUGUUGAGUAUAAAUCAAGUAAAAUUGCUUCAGAAGGACAGAGUAGUGGAGGAACAUAUGAUCCUUUGGCAAAUUUACCUAUUGAGUUCUAUCAUUAUUAUCAUGGCAGCAACAAUGACAUGGGAACGCUUAUUGAGGUUAGAAGAGGGUGGGAUGCCUAUAUCAGACCAGGAGGAAGCCGCAUACCAGGGCACUGGGUUCAGCCUCCUCCUCCAGCCAAUGAGAUAUGGGCUUCUUACUUGGUCAAACCCAAAUGAUUGCUAAUUCAUUGCCAAUUUUGUGUAAAGAUUUCAGAUGAUUAGUGUUGUUUUGCUACCUAUGAAGUAUGAACUGUGUUCAUGACCAGCCAGGUAUUAAUGUGUGGGUGAAAUGUAUAUUGUAGUAAUCUUUUGUAUGCAACCAAUCAUUUGUAAGUAUUUUAUUCAAAUCAAAGACCAUAGCAUAAUAUUGUUGAAUAUACAGUAAAUAAAUGAAAAAAUAAUUUCAGAAUCAUUUUUC